AUUUUCGUAUAUUAGCUUUCUCCUCUUCUAUAAAUCCAACAUCAUUAUUUUCUCUCACUACAGUCGGCCAUGAAAAUUCCUUGAACUUGCCAAUCUAGGCUACUCACUCGCCAUGGUCUCCGUAGAUGAUUCACAGUCUAAUCCAAACAUCAAUGCCCGUAUCAACUACAACCAAGCUCGUCCCUACUACUACUACACUCCGCCGCCCUCAUCCGCUACAGUUACCCGCUCUAUGGGCCGCUCCAUGCGCACAAUCCGCUCCACCAUCUUCGACACUGACCACUCCCUUCCGCUCUUCGACAAAUCGCCCAACCUAUCCGAGAAUCUCACCGACUCCGUUAUCGACCUACGCCUCGGCGAGCUCGCCACUAAAUCAUCUACCGAUUCUAAGACCCACUCCGACGAUACGCUCGACAUCUCACGCGCCUUCACCGAUUUCUCCGCCUGCUCCAGCGACAUCUCCGGCGAGCUUCAGCGCCUCGCAACUCUCCCGGAUCCCACUCUCAGUCAAGCCUCGGCCGCUGACCACAACCAGGAGCCUUGUUCCGGUUUCCUACAGAGAGAAACGUUUUCUACGGAGAUAAUCGAGAGCAUCUCGCCGGAAGACCUCCAACCGACCGUCAAGCUCUGCGUCUACGGCUUGCAGUCUUCUUCAAUUGCAGUCAAGAGGUCGGCGGCGGCUAAAUUGCGGUUACUGGCCAAAAAUCGGGCCGAUAAUCGGGCUUUGAUUGGGGAAUCGGGCGCGGUGCCCGCUCUGAUUCCGCUUCUCAAUUGCUCGGAUCCUACGACGCAGGAGCACGCGGUGACGGCGCUGCUCAAUCUGUCCCUCCACGACGGCAACAAGAGCGUGUUAAUCAGAGCCGGCGCAGUCAAAUCCCUAAUUUAUGUGCUGAAAACGGGUACCGAGGCGUCGAAGCAGAACGCUGCCUGCGCGCUGCUGAGUUUGGCUCUGGUCGACGAGUACAAGUUGUCGAUUGGGGCUUGCGGCGCGAUUCCGCCGCUGGUUGCGUUGCUGAUAAACGGCUCGGUCAGAGGGAAAAAGGAUGCGCUCACGACGCUUUACAAGCUGUGCUCCGUCUCGUUGAAUAAGGAGAGAGCGGUGAGCGCUGGUGUCGUCAGGCCGCUGGUGGGGCUGGUGGUUGAACAGGGGAGUGGAUUGUCCGAGAAGGCGAUGGUGGUUUUGAGCAGCCUGGCGGCGAUUGAGAUAGGGCAAGAGGCGAUCAUUGAGGAAGGCGGGAUUGCGGCUUUGGUGGAGGCGAUUGAGGAUGGGAGCAGCAAAGGGAAGGAGUUCGCAGUGCUGACUCUUCUCCAGCUUUGCGCCGAGAGUGUUAGGAACAGGGGAUUUCUCGUCAGAGAAGGGGGCAUUCCGCCGUUGGUGGCGCUGUCACAGAAUGGGACGGCUAAAGCUAAGCAUAAGGCUGAAAGGCUUCUUGGUUACUUAAGAGAGCCAAGACAAGAAGCUUCUUCCUCAAGUCCAUAAAAGGGUGGGAGAGGUAUAAUAAAUGGCUUAUUAUUAUACUAUGCUUUUGUGAUGGCUUGCUGUUGGCUGUAUAUAGCAAGUGUUUUCUUGGACUUGUACAUAGAGUGGUUGAGUAAUUUAAACAAAAUACCAAGAAAAAACAAAUUAAGAAGCUACUAGUUAGUGAUAAGAAGCUGACCUUAGUAGUUGUAUUUUAUGUUUGGUUGACUGGUUCUCUUCUGGGGAGGUCUUCACCCUGAUCGGGUGAUCCAUCCCUUUUUCUGAUAGCUCCAUUUAAGUAUUUUUUUUUCCUUUCUUGAGAGUCCGGGUCCUCAUCCUUGGUUUUGUUGGAUGAGGCCCAAAGGUAGUCUGAUUCGGAUUUCAGACUAGGCAUAAGUUUUAGUAUGUGCUCAGGCUUACUUUGUUGUAAUAUCGAUGUUGUAUUUAUGUUUUACGUUCAUGUAUCGGUGUGCAGGGGCGAGGAGGGGCUCCCUGCAAGCCCAUUAGUUUGUAUUGAUGUGAAUAAUAUCUCUUAUAUCUUGAGUACUAGACUCUUUUAUUUA